ACUAUUUAAAAAAAAAUAUUGUCGAAUUGACAGCAUCGCGGUGUAAGUUCGUAUUUUUUUCCAAUUAUUUUAUAAUAUUUUUAGUUAGGUAAAUUAUCUAAAAAUGUCGGUUUUCGAUGGUGAGAUAGAUUUCAGGUCUAUGUACAUGGUCGACUUUCCGAAGAAGGACAAGCCCAAGAGCCCCCGCCGGCGUGCGGUAGACGACGACUGCCUCAUUGUAGGUCUCGACCGCGACUCGCUCAAGGCUCGGGACCAGCCCAGGAAGAGUCCCGACGUUCUGUGUCCUAUCAACUUCGAGUACUACAAGAAUGCUGUCGAACGGUUCAAAGAGGAUGAACCGAAGCUGGUAGAUAUGUACAUGUCCAAGGACAUCGACCCAGUUCCCAUCGACAACGAGAUUCAGGACCUGAAAAGAACCGAGUACCUCACAAAAUACUGCUCAAGAGAGCUCCCAUUCAUGUCGGUAAACCUGAUGCGUCGCGCACGAGCACUGCAGACCCUGCGGCUACCUGAUGAUGUCCACAUCCCUGACACCACACACACCGGGUCCUUCAGACACCCGGCUCCUGACAAAUACAAGGACCCACCCAGCACACAGUCGUGGAAGCCGAAGUUUGACGAUUCCUUGCAAAGAGAUCUCCGCCGAAUUCUGCGUAUACGCACCCCCGAGUCGUCUUACCAAGCGUACCACGGCCUCCUCGCGAAGGUUAUUCUGGACAAGAAUCCCUUCGGAAAACCGAGGAAGGAGCCCAAAUACGGCCUGUGGCGUACACCACACUAUUACACCUACUACCAUCUUUAAAGAUUGCCUCACUCUUCUGGCAGGAAAGCACGGUCACGUGCAAAACAUCAGCAGCCGGCGCUAUCAUGCUUCCAAUUUUAUCACUUGUCCACGUGGAUAAGACAGCUGUCACGCUCACACUGACAUACUGGCCAAAGCGUGACGGAUGCUUUAUCCACGUGGAUAAGUGAUAAAAUUGGAAUCA